AACUCAACCAAGCCUCUUGUCCUUAAAGCCUUCACGCUCCCCUUCUCUCUACAGUCUCUGGAAACCUAGAUAGAGAGAGAAAGCACCAUGGCCAGGCUCCUGUAUUUCUCUCUCCUCCUCAUCCUCAUGCUCUCUCUCCUGUUUUCUGGCAGCGCCAUGGCCGGAAUCCCGAUUUCCGACCACUUUCUCGACUGGGUUCCGGCUAAACAGUCGUGCGAGGGAUCUAUAGGAGAAUGCCUCUCUGGUGAAGAAUUCGCCAUGGAUUCAGAGAUCAACAGAAGGAUCCUUGCGACGGACCAGUAUAUAAGCUACAACGCCUUGAAGAAAAACAUUGUUCCUUGUUCUAAAAAGGGCCAGUCCUAUUACAAUUGCAGAGCUGGAGGUCAAGCUAACCCUUACAGUAGGGGAUGCAGCGCCAUUACCAGAUGUGCUCGUGAUACGUCUUGAAAUCUGAGUACUUUCUCUCUCUUGAUCGAUUUCUUGCUCUCUCUCAGUUUUCUGUCUUUCUCUUUCUAGAUUUGGGGGUUUCUGCGCUGGACCUUUCGUUUGGAUCAAACUUUGAAGUAAGUGUUUGUUUUUUUAUUGCUGGAGGGUGGUUAUAUCCAAUCUCUUGUGUAAACAUUCAUUGUUUCACAUAUAAUUUUAUUUUUCAUUGCCAUUACGCAUGUCUUGAAAAUAA